CACACUCAUCAAAAGAAAGCAACAAACAGUUUUUACAAUAUCUGAAUUCUGUUACUUCAGUUAGCAAGUAAAAUCCAUAAGAUCUGAUGAUGAUGAAAACAAUUGAUGAAAGGAGUAUACUAGAAACGACGUCGUCGUUGAGGAUCAUUGAAUGUAGUAAUUCAUCAUUAUCUAGUAGCACCACUUCUUCUUCAAUCGGAAACAAUAGCGACACCAAUGAUCAAGAUCAAAAUGAUGAUUAUGAUGAUAUUCAAAGUCCUUACAAUUAUAACAAUAAUAAUGGAUCUGGAUCCUCCUCCUCCUCCUCAUCAUCAUUUGAUGAUGCAAUCCAAGCUCUUGAACAAGCCCUUCCUAUCAGGAGAGGGAUAUCAACCUUCUACAAUGGCAAAUCAAAAUCCUUCACAAACUUAAACAGCGAGUGGCCAACCACGCCGAUUUCCAUACAAGAUAUCGCAAAACCAGAAACUCCUUUCACAAGAAAACGAAGGAAUCUUAGCAAUUUUAAAUUGCCAAACAUGAACACUGGAAGGAUAUGCAAGAAAUCCAAAGCUACAACGUUGCACUUUAGUGCAACUCUGGAAAGGGAAAAGGACAAUCUGCACAACUUCCCCGACCAUGGUGCAUUAUCUCAGGUCAAGAGACCAUUGCCGUCAAGAUCAUUCUCCAUGGUUAACUUGCUUCGAUAAUAUUCCACUAAGAUUAGAAAUUUUUAGCUAGACCUUGUCUUGCUAAAUUGUUAUGCCAUCUAACAUUUUAUAGUUUGUAUAGUUUACAAACUAGUAACACGCUAAGCCUCGUAUUAUCAGUAAACUAUCGGCAUGUACAUUAUCAUUAUUGAAAAGGGAAAAAAAAAAAAAAAGGUUUAUGUAAUCA